AUGCGUAUAUACGGAUCCAAGCUCGUCGUGGUAGCAGAGCAGAUGCAACUCCUUACGAUAUGGUUGGUCAAGGCCUGCUUGCUCAUAAUGUACAACCGUAUGACGCUGGUUCUACCGCAACACAAGAUCGUAGUCGCCACCUCUAUCUACGUCGCCGUCGCAUUUGUGGUCAUGGAAGUGCUGUAUCUCGGGGUCUGGUGCAGACCGUUCAGUCAGUAUUGGGCAGUACCCCCCAAUUCGAAACAAUGUUCGGCAGCAACCAAUCAUCUCAUCACCAACGCGGUCUUCAACAUCUCCAGUGAUUUGAUCAUUCUGAGCAUACCCAUGCCGCUGCUCUUCAAAGUUCGCCUACCGAAGAAAAACAAGACUAUCCUCUUUGUGAUCUUCUGUAUAGGAGCGUUCACCAUAGUCGCUGCAGCCCUUAAUAAGUACUACUCAUUUACAAACCCAUUCGGGACCGAGUGGACGAUUUGGUACCUCCGAGAGUCGUACACAGCCAUACUCUGCGCCAACCUGCCCCUUACCUACCCACUUAUUCAACGCGUCUUCGGCCUGAGAAACUGGAGUUCGCACAAAUAUACUGCGGAUAAUCCAUACGGGCCUAGCUCAGUCACGCGAGCGCAGCAGUCCUCGCGUACCCACGCUUAUUGGCCAGAACCUAGACCACAACAGAUACCUAGAGGCUUCCGAGAUAUAUUCCGGCGUACGGAGAGCCAGGAAGAUAUGAAUGGCGGUCUGGGGAAGCAGAGAGAAGACAACGACCCACAAUUUAUCACCAGUGCGAUUGAGAUGGAAGACGCAAGGUCACAACGGGUGUCGAGCUUGAGUACUCCUGCGAGUUGGCGGACGUUUGCAACUACUGAGGGUCACAAGCAUCACGAAUCGUACCAUGUUGUUUGA